CAAAGACUGGACGAUUAUGGCGCGCCAACUUCGCAGCAUGGUAAACAAGUUGCGUCUUGUGGUUCAUUACCCCGUGCGCUUUGCAUAUAUUCUUGUUUUUGUGUAGUGAGAGACUUUUGCAGCUCCCCCUAAGAUAUGUGGUCUCUGCGUCACGUGGAAACGAACAACGUGUGCUACCGUCUCUUGUGCGAGGGAGAAUUCACGGUGGGUCGCAAGGGCGCGGACAUUUUAAUUGCAAACGAUGCAUCGAUCAGUCGGGAGCAUGCUGUACUAUCUGUUGCUCCCUUGCCCGAAGAUCGCCUCGAAGAUGUUUCCUUCGUACCCCUACUUCGAGUGAAGGACCUUGGCUCCAAGUACGGAACGAGCGUCAACUCGAGAGAACUCGGUAAAUCCGAUGAAACCGCUCUGAGAGAAGGCGACAUCGUAACUUUCGGAAAGCUCGGUAGCAAGUACAAGGUGUGCUACAAUGCUCCAUAUGUGGUGGUUACUUCUUGUCUGUCGACGCCAGAAAAAGAACGUCUCAAGGUUACGUUGAAGAAAAUUGGGGCCCGACUCAAGCCCGAGUGGUCCAAUUGUUGCACACACGUCGUGAUGACCGCCAUUCGCCUCACGAUGAAGACGACGGCCGCCCUGCUAGCUGCGAAGCCUGUGGUGACACCAGAUUUUUUUGCAGAAGUGCAGAACCGCGUACAGCGCCAAGACCUAACCGACGUUGACCCGGCGGCGUUUAUACCGGACGUCACGGAAGAGUGCCUGACGUUAUCGAAGGAGACGUUCGGCUGCAACGAAGCUCGCAAGAGCGUGUUCUCCGGAAAGACGUUUUAUUUCCUGACUGAGAAGCAGUACAAGUCGCUAGGCGAACUUGUGGUAUCGGGCGGCGGCCGAGCGGAGUUGGUGCGCAACCCCGGUCGACCGACGCCCGAGCUCAUAGCUGAAGGCAGCUGUGUGAUUAAACCCAGUGACGGCAACGAAACGCCCGUGUGCCGCUACCUUCUCAAAAACAAGUUGCGUUCCUUGUCUGCUUCGGACGUGGGCAUGGCGGUCAUCUACUGCUCGACAGACAAAUUCUGUAACCCUCGCAACAGAAUGGUCAAUGUGUUGUGGGGCGACGACAUGCUAUCGACUCAAGCGCAAUCGCAGGAAGAGGUGUGCGCGCCGGAUACCGAACCGUCGCAGCAGGGCGUGGUCCCAAGGCGUUACGAACUUUCAGGCGCACCGUCCACAUCUAGAAUCAUUCCCGAGAGCAGGUUGUGGAGCACGUCAGCUUCUGGCAUUGGGAGCAACCUCGAUCUUUUAUUAGACGCUAACACGGGAACAACAACUGUUAGUGAACAGGCUCGGGGUUUGCUGACACCACUGAAGGAAUCACCACUCAAAAAUCGUUUGGCUGAAGAGCCCUCAACACCUAUGACACCACUGAAGGAAUCACCACUCAAAAAUCGUUUGACUGGAGAGCCCUCAUCACCUAAACGGUCGCCCCGCAAAAUAAGGAAGAAAGAUGCACAGGGGACCCUCCCCUUAGAGUGCUACUUUGGCAGGCAGUCCCAAAAGAGGAAAGACGACACUCUGGAAGAAAGUGCAGCAAAGGUACCUAGGUUGGACCCAGCAUCCAAUGAAAAUUAUAAAGAGGCCGAAGUUAAACAAGAGGUACUUACACCACCAUCACCUGAACAGCAGGAACUAAGUGUCAGUUUAGCUGAUGAGGAGCAAAGUAUGGAAGCUGAUGUGGCGGAAUCUUUUCCAAGUACUUCACACUGGGCUCCAGUGCCCUCACAAGAACCACUAUCUCAGUCGGGGAAUAGGAAGCAACCCAACACCAAGCCAUGUGAUGCUUCAUUGGAGCCUUCUGUCAAUGACAGCCACAACGUAGAGGACCUCAUGGUUGAAACAAGCAAAGUCGUCGUUGAGUUCGCAGAUUUGGUUCUGCGCAGUUCUCGGUCAGUCGCGCCAACGCAAGAAUCGCUGUCGACGCUGGGAGUGCGGAACUUUAAGCGAUUUCGAAAAGCUCACCAAGCACACCUAGUUGGUCUGCCGAAGAUUAUUGGUGGGCCUGACCUAGAAGUUUAUGUUCCUGUUAUGCCUGGACAAGAGUUUGAGGAUGUUGAAGCAGAGUCUGAUGACCUCGGCCACUUGUUUGACUAUUGCCCAGACAACUCAAAGAGAAGGCGCCUAGUCUGAUGUACUUUUAGGUGAAAUUUUGACACUGUAUAAGAUGGGAAAUAUCACCUGGUUUUGCUAUUGUUGCA